AUGUCGCUCCGGGGAAUUUUUCGAAGGUUCCUCUCCAAAAAGAAGAAAAAACCAAACAUACCACCUGAUAACUCAGAAAUCAUGGAAAACAAGAAGAAAAAACCAUACAUACUACUUGUUAACUCAGAUAUCAUGGUAAACAUACUUUCUCGAGUACCAGCGGAGUCUGCAUUAGCUUGCAGACAAGUUUGUAGAGCAUGGAGAAAUCUCUUCACGUUAGAUGAUAAAUACUUCAGUGAUAUGCAUCUUAGGCGAUUACUAAUGCAGCAAAAACAGACAUGUAAUAGAUUGAGUUUUAUUUUCCUGGAUGUGUUUUAUUCUCUUUACUACGUAGAUUUUGAUGAGAAAUCUCGCAAGAAACUGACAAGGAUCAACUUUUCCCUUCCGACUGAAACUAAGAGAUUGGUUGGUUCAUGCAACGGUUUGGUUUGCUUCGGCAUACCAACAAAAGCCAUAAUUCCAUCAUGUGUUGAUCCUGUCUAUAUUUGCAAUCUAGUUACAAGAGAAUGUUUGGAACUUCCAAAGUUUCUCACUGAGGAUGAAGAUAUUAAAGUUUAUAAAAUAUUAUCCGGAUUUGGCUACGUUCCUUCAAGCAACGAGUACAAAGUUGUUAGAAUCAUAGAGUACUAUGAUGGUAAUGAGCGGUUGAAUUGUAAGCUACAAGUAUAUACUCUUGGUGCUGGCAGUGGCUGGAGAGAUAAAGGACAAUUCGAUCAUCCACUUAUAAUAGCGUUAAGGAAUGUGUUUGUCAAUGGAGCUCUUCACUGGCUGGAUUGGAGAGGGAAAAUUGUGGCUUUCGGUUUGGCAGAGGAGGAGUUCCACGUACUCGCAACACCACCGUGCUUACAUGGUUCAUCAUUUGGAGCAAUUCACAGAAAGUUUGAACUUCAAGUACUGGGAGAGUCGCUGUGUCUGUUUCAUCAAAAAAGAGGUAGGCAUGCAGAUAUAUGGGUAUUAGCCAAAAAUACUAGUUACGCUAAGAAUGAACAACAUUACGAGCCCUGGAGUUGGCAUAGACGGUAUACUCUUCCGCUUAACUUCACUUUGUGGCAUAAAUGGUGGCAUGGAAGGAGAGGUUAUCCUUUUGCUGUUACUCAACGGGGUGAAGUUCUGAUUGCCACUUAUAAUAAUGAAAAAGAUAUUGUUGCCAGUUCAUAUGAUCCAAAAACUACAACCUUAAAAAAGAUUGAGAAUCUAAAGUAUACAAUUGUCCCGGAUCUUAACACAGAAUCACACGUUAACAGUUUUGUUUCAUUGAAAGCAUUAGAAGAAGAAAAUGUGGCAAAUGCUCAGAAGAAAGCAUUUACCAUACCAACUGCUGCAGCCAGUGUGUAG